AUGACAUCUCGAGUCUGGACGGGAUUCACGGACGAGGAUAUUAUUAAUUUACAAAAAGGAAAUGGCACGCAGAAUGCUAAAGUUAAGAAGCAGACACCCCAUUUGCGACAGGCCAAGCUGCAGGGUGGAGCCAAGCAGCCACCACGGGAGAAACUGGGGAUUGCGAAGAUGGGAAAAACACCCCACAGUUACACACCCAUCCCCCCCCAGGCUAGGCUCUCAGAGUCGAAGGAACAAGACUACCCCAGUAGUUCCUCUCCGUCAUCAGAGCAUCACAGUCCAGAGCAUCUUCAGAGCAGCUCACAGUCGGUCUCCCCAACACCCCCCUCACCCUGCAAAUCACCCACAGGAAGCCAUGCCAAGAAUGUCAAAAUCCGCGUAAGAGAGAACAACUCCUACGAAUUAGUGUCCACCAACGGCACCACCACUCCAGACCAGCUCGACAAUCAGUCCGAGAGCGAGAAUUUGAUCGAGGAUAAGAUGGAUGAUGGUAGUGGAAGGGGAGAGGGUGUGACGCUGGAAAUGUUCCAGAAACGGCAGAAAAUGAUGGAGGAACAGAACAGACUGAGAAGAGAGAUGCUUGCCAAAGCCAUUGCAGAUAGGAGUCGCCGCACUCAGUCAGAAGCUCAAAAACUGAAACAGAUCCAAGUAGAGUUGGCAAAGUUGGACUCUCUUCUCUCAACUGAUGUUUCUAUACUGCGAGACCAAAUAGAAGUGGCCAGUUUGGAAUUCAGUGAAGCACAGAAGAGAUACGACAAAGCUGAGCGGGAAUUCAUCGAGGCCAAGCUCCAGCUGUUCAACAAGCUAGAGAAGAAGGAGCUACUGACGGAACACCUUUGCCGCAUCAUCGAGGCCAACGAGCAGAGGAAGGCCAACAAACUCUCCGAGCUCAUGGCCAAGCUGGAGAUGGUCGACGUGUCUGCCGAGCUGCCCGAGCCCAGUCCUGGAGAGGUUCUGCCACAACUAGCCAGCCUUGAUGAAAUCACGUACACAGCCUGCACAACCUUGAAAGACCCAAAGAAGACUGCACUUACAAUACAGCAGAUUCAAGCAAAGAACAAGGGAGACCACCCAAAACCCACUCCAAAAGAGGAACCGCAGAAUGAAAAAGGUAAGAAGGAUACGGAGGAUAAACAGGAGGCACAAGAGAGUGUUGGGAAAAAGGAAGAAAAUGAGACUGUACAGGAAAACACAGAUGAUGGAAGUCUGAAAGAAAACAGUACUGAGAGAACAAAAGAAACAAAAGAAAGUCAGGUGCAGACUCAAGCUGAAAGUGAAAAAGGCCCUUCAACUGGGGAGGGCAGUAAUGCAGGAAGUUCCAAGAAAGACAACGACAAAAAGGAAAUGAGAAAGGAAGGGGAAGAACAUGAAGAAAAAGGGAUGACAGAGGAGGCUGAGAAGUGCCCUAAGGAUGAACAAGAAGCCUCUAGUCUCCAGAGCAUCCAUGAAAAAGUUGGAGCCAAGGGAGAAACCUGAGCAACGAAAGAGGCCUUUUCAUAAGUUUUUUUCCUCUUUCUUUUUCUUUUUUUUUUUCUCUUUUUUCUCUUUUUUUUUAUUGUGUCAGUCAGUGUAGUAGGCUCCUUGCUGCUUGAUCUUUAAGUCAUUGAUCAAAAUUCUUAAGUUGUGGAGUUGAGUGUUAUUAUUGUCAUUGUGAUGACAAGUGCAAUAUUGAUUAAAACGUCUUCCUUGCAAAUCAGGCACUUAACAUUCAUGGCGUAGGUAAUGUCAGUAUAUCCCUCUGAUUUCCCAUGAAAGUCAUGCAAAAAAAUGCUUCCUUUUGCCAUAGUCACCUCUUCUUGCAUCGCAGCUGUUUCAUGUCCAUAUAUGUUCUGUUCUUUCCAUGCAAUAAAACUUCACUGCAUGUAAACUCCUACUGGCAUGAGAUAAUUGCCUGAUCUAAAUGCUCAUUUCAGUCAGGCACUCACAGACUUCAGCUUUAUUAAGAUUAGGGUCUUCUCCAUGACAGAUUGUGAUGGUCAGAUGUACUCAACUAUUAGUUGUAAUGUAUUCAUGUGGGCUAUGAAUGUGUCAGUGUAUUAUUUGAAUUAUGUGUGCCUGAUGCUUUAAUGUAGAUGUUAAUUGUACUAUGGUAUUGCGAUUUAAGAAGCCAGUUGUUAUACAGUAUAUGAGUGAUGCCAAUCAACACUGUAAACACAAGUAUGAUGCUCAAGUUUUCCCACAAGGAAGUUAUAUUGAACUGUUGCUCCAUGCACUUAAAAAAGAUGAAGCUUAACUGGAACAUCAUCUGAUUUAUCCUAACUAGACAAAGCUAUAUUUUUGAACAGCAGAUUAAUCCUUUUAAAUACUCUAUUUUUUCUAUUUUUUAUUCUCAUUUUUUCCUCAUAGUUUAAUUGGGAAAUGAUUUUGAUUUAAAGGAUGUGAAUAGACACAGAGUCUGCAUCGAAGUCAGAAAGCCUUGCACAUUCAAAUUCAUUCAGUAAAAAGUAGUAGAGUAUUGAACACCAGUUCCCAGAUUCAAGCUUCACAAAUUGCACAAGUGAGGAAUUCUUGAAGAUAUCCUCUUUAGUUCGUAGAGCAAGUCUUUUCUGUAAUCAGCAGGAAAGUAUUAUUUAGAAAUGAUAACCAUCCAUAUAAAGUUUUCUUAGCAUUACAUUUUGCGAGAAAGAAGAUUUGAAAGAAAGCACUUUAACAAGCAAGAAGUUGUUGAAUAUAUUUAAGUAGAAAUUCAUUAAGUUUGAAGUUCAGUCCAUGGGUAUUCUGCAGGAGUCCUCUUUCAAUUCUGUGAGUUAAUAUUCUAUUUUAUUGACGUGUAAAGCAUUAAACCGCUUGUAAUUUUCAUGCUAUAUAUAGGAUAACAUCUGAUACAUUUGUUAAUGGCAGUUAUGAGAAUUGCUUUGUUAGAAAUGGCUCACAGACUUUUUUAUAAGUACAAAUCAAAGGAGAUAGUCUUAUUUAUUUGCUAAAUGCUGUACAU